AUGAAGCCACAGAGUGAAAGAAAAACAACGAAGUUUAGGGGCAUGCUGUUCACUGAUGGUAUUGAUGUGUCUGUGUUAAAACAAAAUGAUGAUACGAAGAAAGGCGGUAGUGGUGCUGGUAGAAGAACGAAAGCAGUGGAUGAAGAAGAUUUCAAAUAUGUAGAAAAGUUGGAAAAAGAAGAGCUAUUGGCUGGUGUCGGCAAUUGUGCGUUGAUAGAUCCUGGUCGGUGCAACAUGCUAUAUUGCAUGCAUGAAGAAAGUAUCAUAGAAAGCAAAAGGACAUACAGAUACACAAGCAAUCAAAGAGCAAUUGAAACAAAGUCAAGAAAAUUUAAGAAGCUCCGGGAGAGCUUGAAGCCUGAUGAUGUCAGAGCUGCCGAAGUAUCAUUGUCAAAGUACAAAUCUUCAACAGUUAAUGGAGACAAGUUUGCCAAGUACCUCCAAGAAAGAGCAACAAUAACACCAGUCUUGAGUAAGUAUUACGCAAAUGAAGAUAUUCCUGCAGUAGAAACAAACUUGUUGCCGUUUCGAAAAAUGAAACUUUCCAGCUUUAUAAAUGGACAGCAAGCAGAUAAACGACUGGCCAGGAAUCUGAAAACAAAGUUCGGUGAUAAUGCUACCCUGAUAAUUGACAACUGGUCUGCCGGAAAUGUCAAGUUUCACGAGUCCAUUAGAGGCGUUGGAAUGAGAAGGGUGCUAGCUAAACAAGGAUUCAAGAUAUGCCUUCUUGAUGAGUGUAAAACAUCUAGCUUUUGUCCUUCAUGUCUGAGCGGUGAACUUGGAAAGUUCAAAAUCCAAGACCUUUCCAGAGAGAAAAGCAACCAACUGUAA